AUGCCAGUUCGUCUGCGCUUUGCACUUCAUGGCCCUCGCCACAAUCGCGUCUUCCACAUGGUUGCCAUAGAUUCGCAUGUCAGACGGAACGCUCGCCCGCUCGAGACUCUGGCGAUAUACGAUCCUCAACUGAAGUCUGACGAGCAACACAAGACUGUCAAAUGGAGCUCGGAGCGGAUAAAGUAUUGGCUCAGGCAGGGAGCUCAGCCCUCAGGCAGUGUAGUCAACCUGUUGACUUUGGGUGGCAUUCUUACUCCCAACUCGAGAUAUCAUCGGAUGCGUGAUGAAAGAAUGGCCGAGAACAGGUCCGGUAGCAAAGCAUAG